AGAAGUGUCAGAGUAUAGCCGGAGCGCCGCCAACUCGCAGGCGCCCUGUUCCCGAGGUAAUAGAAAUCUGAAGAUCACAAACAAGGAGCUAUUUAAAAAGAGAGAGAGAGAAAAAUCAAAGAGGACUUUUGGGAUCAGUCAGCAGAGGAGAACUGCCAAGUUUUUUAGGUACACCAGAGGCAGGGGCGGCCAGCCGGGCGAUCUGAGUGUUUCCUGGCUUUGAUGCGACCCGACUGUGCCUGGAGCAUGUCCACAGUGGGCCUGUCUGCCCAGGAGAUCUCUUUUCCCAUAGAAAACCCCUUUCUUCGGGGCAGCUACUGUCACAGCAUGGCUGGAUCCAAACCCUCCUGGAGCUAUCGCAAUGACCCCACGGACAACUUCUACUUUAGUAUGCACAACGCACACACAGAUCACAGCUAUCGAUCACAGCAAAAGGGGCAACCUCCAAGUUACGAGAAACAUAAACACAGUCCCAGCUCACAGAGAUUACCUCCAAAGAAAUGUCGGCCCUCUCACCUUUCCCUUUCCUACAAUGUUGAACCAUCCACCCCGAGUCCUGCUGAUGAUGACCAGGUGGUCCCUUCAUUCCAGAGGCUCUCAUUCUACGAAUGUAGCAGCCCGCCACAAACGCCAGACAGAUGUUCAAAGCCUCUGCCACCCAUCCCCCCACAAACAGACGUCUCCUCUGAGCAGGCUAUAGAUAGUGAGGUAGAAUUUUUCACGAGUACAGACGAUAACAUCUGUCUGGUGUCCAGUGUUGACCAGUGUUCCAAAUCGUCUCCUUUUCGAUAUGGACUCCCUAGCCGAAGGAGCUUCAGGGAAUGCGGACAGAUAAACUAUGCUUACUAUGAUGGUCCUUUAGGACCACGAAACCCUGGGAAGGUCCAGCAGCACCAUCAAGCAUAUGCUUCACAGGAAGUGAGAGAACAGUAUGAGCAGCAGGAACAGGAGUCACCCGAGCCGGUGGUAUGUCAGAGACCACAGGACAAGGCACAGAGGAGGCUAAGGCGCUCUCACUCUGGUCCAGCUGGGUCUUUACACAAGCCCUCUCUGCUGCGCCUCACAUGCCACAAACGCCACACCAACAAUACAGAUAAACCAGAAGUUCCUCCACCUAUCCCUCCACGGACAAUCAAGACAGGAGACUGUCGCCGCUGGUCAGCAGAGGUCUCAUCUGGGGCUUACAGCGAUGAUGACAGACCACCCAAGUUGCCCCCAAGGGACCCUUUGUCCAGAGGCAGUUCCAGGACUCCCAGUCCCAAGAGCCUACCAACAUACAUUAACGGAGUGAUGCCACCUACCCAAAGCUUUGCCCCAAAUCCAAAGUAUGUAAGCGGUCGGAGUUUUCACAGACAGAACAGUGAGGGGUCUCCCUGCAUCCUUCCUGUCAUGGAGAAUGGCAAAAAGGCCAGCAACACGCAUUACUACCUUCUGCCUCAGCGAUCUUCAUUUGCAGACUCACCUUGUGACUGUCACACCAGGAGGAAAGUGGACUUAGUUUAAAAGGUUUUUGUGGAAGUAGUACAGUCUACGGAACACUAGUAAAAAACACUUGACAAAAUAGUGAAACUGGACACUAACAACCCUCAAACCUGCUGCUUUUACUAUAUAUAUUUUUUCUUUUUUUUACACCCCUACGUAUUCUGAACACACAGGGUAUGUGUGCACUGUAUACAGUUACUGGUAAUGUGGAAAUAACCGUCACAAUUAAGACACUUUAAGUGAAAACUGUGUCUGACUAAAAAUUGUGGGCAAAAUUCAACAUUGUAGAGCUUAUUUUUAUAUGAUUUUUUUUCAUGACAUUCAUUGUGUUGUUUUUGUGCUGAUACAAUCCCAGGUACAAGCAGGUCUUGUACCCAAUGUGCUCAGUGUUUUGUGUCAGAAAUGGUGAGGUUGUUUUGUGUGAUGCACCAAUGCUUUGUUUGAUGAUGCUUUUGUAUCUCAAAAGGGACAAAAGGUCAGUAAUGUAACUAUGUAACACAUAAUAUAUGAAGUCUAAAUCCAUACCCUGUGACUUUUUAACUAAAUGAAGGAUGCCAACACACAAAUCUCCACUCUUGUUGCUUUUAUGCAUAAAUGCGUCAUUUCCUUUACUUGAUAUAGUUUGAGUAUAGCUCAGACUAUGUUGUAAAUUUGUGUUUUUCCCUAAAGACACAUUGUUGCUGGUGGCUAUGCAUGUUUCUGUUGGAAUGUCUAGUGCAGCUUAAAUUUUAUAGUUGUCUGUUGAUUUGUGUGUUUGUGUGUAUGUAUGUAUGGGGACUUGAUGUGCAAAUCUGCAUGUGAACAGCACUGGGCAGAGUGUUCAGGUAGUACUACAAAGAGCGACUUUCUGCAAUCAAUGUAUGCUUUUCAACCGUACUUGUUACUAUGCGCUGAUGGUGUGCAGUGCAUUCAUUUGAACGCUUUCCUCCAUUGUCCAGGUCUGUUUUAUUUGCACAGAUAAUGGCCUACUUUGAUGUAAGUGAAUAUAUGCUACUCUUAUUGAAAUUCUCUCAAACAAGUGAAGUUAUUUGUGGUCAAGCUGUGGUUCAUUGCUUGAAAAAAAAUUGCUUUCAGACCUACCUCACUUUAAUUUUAACCCUAAAUUUUUAUUUUUUUUUAUUUUUUUUAUUCAUAUUUAAAUUGCUCCCAUUGUUAAGAUCAGGUGUUAUGAUGAGGUACCCAGUUUAAUAUGUGACCUGACAAAGAUAAGAUUUUUUUUGUUUUCUUUUUAAAUUCAUCUGCAUUUUAGCUAAGGUCCCCUGUAACCGGAUAUCCAUAAAUAGAGAUUUUAUAUUAUGCAGAUCGUAGAUCAGAGAUGUUAGCCUAACCUGUUUAUACAGACAUAUUACAAAGACAGUGCAGGGUUUACCUGCCCGACACAGACUUUCCUGUUCUGCACAUGCAUUCCUGCCUUACGUGAUUGCAGUGGGUGUGGUCUGAGAGACUUUGGCUGCUGGCAGCCAAGGAAAUGUAUGAAUUUUAUUGUUGUAGAUUAUUCACAAAGCAUUAUUUACCAAGCAUCAGGAUGUUAUAGAAAAUGUAGCACAUGCUAUUGAAGUAACCCUUGGUAUAAGACAUGGUGUUGAGUUCGGGAAACACAACUGCUAAGGUCAAUCGGUCAUUGAAGUACACUUUUCCUCUCUUUCUUUACAGAAGUCUUGCCAACACUAUGUUGCUUUUGACUUAAAUGUUUGAAAUGUUUACAUCAUAUACUAUUUAAUCUUAAGGUAUUCAUAUGUCUUAUCAGAAUAAUAAAACUGAGUAAAGACUAGUUUAUCAAGAAAUAACUUCUCUGCUGUGGUGAAAAUGUGCACUGGGGGAGUUCAGUAUGUUAUGUACAGUAUUUAACAAUUCCAUUUGUUAUUAUGAAUAGUUGAUAAGUAUAUAGUCUUUAAAGAAGAAAGCCCAAAUAAAAUUACUUAUUUAUGA